AUGACAAGUGAAGAAGUAACCAUUGAGUUCAAAUACAAUCAAAAUCAAGAUACUACUUAUAAAGCAAGUACUACUGGUGGUAAGACUAUUGACAUUACUGUCAAAAGAUCUGAAGAACCACGUGGGUCUCACUUCCUCAAGUAUACCCAUACUUUAAAUCCUAAUGGAGAAAGUCAACCAUUCAAACUACUAGAAAUACAAGAUAAUGGCAGGAAAAUUGAUGUCAUUGGACUUAAAUACGUUCCAAAUGUCACCUCAGUUUCUGCUUAUUACUGGAAACAUGAACCUGGUGCACCUAGGACAGUUCUCAUAGUAGGAGUUACUACUACCACUGAUACUAAGAAUAAAACUACCUAUUAUGGCAAUAGAAAGAAUGCUGAUGGUAAUAAUUGGGUCGGGCUUGGUCAACGUUCUAAACCUAAUCUCAUCAAUGGUGACAUUGAAAGGACAUUAGAUGACCUAGUCUGUUCGAAUUUUGGUGCAGUUAUCUUUGAUCUUAGCAAGAGUGUAUCUUUUAGUGGACAGCCAUCGUAUUGUUGUCGUUGCGUUUACCAUGGUGAUAAUGACGAUCAGCGGAAGAUUUUUGUUACUCUUAGGAAAGUUUUCUGUAAACAACAUACACAAAAUUCCAUUCAAUAUUGUAAACAUACCAUUAAAAAUCCUAAGAAUAAAGUUGCGAAGAUAAGGUACUAUCUUGGUGAUACCGAUGCUAAUACUCAUAGUAAUAGGAGACGUAUAAACUCCUCAAAGUUGCAGUUUCCUAUAGAUAAUGUCAAAGCUAUUUACGCUUCAUAUUGUGGAGGAAACCCAGUGUUAAUAUACAUUGAAGGUGGAGGAUCAGUUACAGGAUGGUACCAGAAGUCUGCCGUUGGUAAUGGCAAUGAAGAGUGGACAUCAGUUCCAAAUCUCAACAUAAAACCAAGUGAGUUAACUAAUCAUACUGACUGCAAGAAAUAUAAUGAUCUUGUGGGUCUACUAAAAGGGUCCAGAUGUAGGAACUUGCAAGAAUGUACUGCUGUUUCUGGAGCGACAGUAGUCUUUGAAUCUGGACCAUCCUCAUCUCAACCACAAGCUGGUGCUGCCGGUAACAAUCAAGGUGCUAAUGUCCAAACUAGUGAACUUGGUACUGGUAAAAAGAGUGAUGAAGGAGAUCCUACUCUUAUUAAUCCUGAAGAUGUCUCACUUAACCAAGAUACUACUCGUAAUCCUCAAGGUGAUGAUCCUCCUUCUGGAGUUGCUGGAGAAGUCUCUGCUACUCGUUGUCAUGGUACCCCUUCUGUUCCUGGUACUCUAGUUACUACUUGUGAUGCUCAAGGUAGAGUUGCUGCUGUUCUAUCUCUUGGUGAAGGUUAUACUAACCCUACCGAUAAACAGACUUCAUCUGCUGAUCUAGAUACUGAAGCCAUAGAUUACUUUAUUAAAACAUUUGAAGCCUGUGCUCCUCUAGAACCUCAAUCUCAAGAAAAGCAAACUGACCAGGUUCCUGAUUCAGAGUCUGAAACAAAGAUUCUUCUACAAGGUACUCCUGUAGCUCAAAUGGCUGAAGAUGCUAUAGAUGGUGAAAGACUAAAACAUCUUAUUGUUACUCCUAGUGGAGCUGGAGAGAAUGAAGGUGCUUCUGAUCCUGAUGGUAGAGGACCUCCUGGACCUGAUGAAGGUGCUGAUUCUGCUUCUGAAGGAUAUGAAUCUCCUAAUUCUCAACCUGCUCAAGCUGUUACUGGACUUCUUGAAGCUCAUACUGCUGAUGGAUCUACUACUGCUGCUCCUGAAGGUGAAGGUAAAGCUGAAAGAUCUACUCUACUCCUUCUUCCUGCUAGUAUGGCUGGAUAUGCCUUAUCGGGACGUCACAAGGGCUAUGGCUACGUUACAUUUUCGACACCGGAAAUUGCGACAAGGUCCCUUCUCUCGCUGAAUGGAGCACGCCUUGGUAAUCGUCAAAUUGUACUCUCUGAGGUUUUGGAGAAAUUGUAUACAAAGACUCGCAUGCCUUCGAUUUUAAGGGCAGCGCAGAGGAUAAUCGCUCGGAUCCACGGGCCAAAGCAAAAGACAAAGGAGUUCAUUGACAACUACAGGGAAGCGUUCCUUCCAAUAACGUAG